AUGGUCUGCCAGCAACGAGGGAGCGGCCGCGCAUUUGCCUCCUCCAACUGGCGCACUUUAACCGCAGAGCCAUUGAAUCACCCCGCUGCUCCACCCCGCUCACCAAUUCACGAAGCUCAACCACCACAGAAGACAACUCAACGAUCAAUUAAUGACUCAUCAGCGAUAGCCGAGGGUCGACGUAUCUACCUUGGGAAUCUGCUCUAUGCUGCAAAAAAACACGAGAUUGCUGCAUUCCUGGAGGAAGAAGGGUAUAAGUUUACAGCAAUUGACAUCUCUAUUGAUCCUUUCAGCGGCAGAAACCCUUCGUAUUGCUUCAUUGACUUCGAUACAAAGGACAAAGCGGACCGGGCAGUGGGCGAACUGAAUGGCCGCGAAUUCCUCGGCCGGCCGGUCAAGGUGAAACCAUGCAUUCCAAAGGAACAACGCAAAGGCAGUGGCCAGAAUUCGGGAUAUGUGUUUGAUCGGUGGCAGAGGAAUGAUGCAGCCCAGCAUUUCAAGGGCUAUGCUGCGAGGGAAUGCCGCUUGAUUGUCCAAGGUCUGCCUAAGCCGUCGUCUCAGGCUCACAUGAACGAGAAACUAGCCGAGUUCUUCCAAAACUUUGACAUACAAGCAAUAAGCAAAACGAUUUGUCCGCAUUACCAAGGGAGAGCUGCACCGACUGCUCCCCACUACGCCUAUGUCGAUUUCGCCAGUGCCUCACAAGCUCAGGCAGCAAUCGAUGCCCUAGAUGGCUCCGUCGGACCCUGGGGAACUGUCUUGAAACUGACCAAAGCAAAAACUGACUGGAAUGGCCCCUAA